UCCAUCUGGUACGCUCCGAGAUGUUCAUGGAUCUUGAUUUGGGGUCAGGAGCUGGCGUGCAAGUUAUUGACGUGAAACCAUGCGUUGAAGAGCCUGGAUCUGUCAAGAGACUCGAUAUGGACCUCUUGGUGCUCCAGGAAAACUUUACUGAAUGUGACAAUACCCGGAAAAGAGAAACAUUUUUCCGUGUAAAGACAACCUCACAUAAUGCCACUGUUGAAGACCCAUUAGUGUUUGUGGCAAGAGACAGCAAUAAUGUUCAAACAUGGAAGCUACCUCUAGUGAAACACAAUAAUGUGUAUAAUUAUUCAUAUCAUACUUUAUGUCAAGUCCCAUCUCCUAAUGUAACUGAUGUCAUAUUCAUUGAUACAUUUACUAGCAGCAAGACCACUGUAUCUUAUGGCGCCAAAAUUGAGCCAAUUGACGAUUUUGUUCUCGAGAUAAACCAGAAGAUUGAAUUUCGCAUCCAUCCAAAUGAGCCUCAGGUGAGGUUCUUUAAGUUUCCAACUGGUUCUAGUGAUGUCCAAGUCGUAGUCACUUCCAAUACAACAAACAGUUGUGCUAUAGUUUCUGUACAGAACGCUUCAUGUCCAUUCAGCGAUAUAGAACCAGAAAUGAGAUCCCUCUCUAUAUAUCAGACAAUGACAACUGAUUCAGUUAUUUCUAUUGACGAGCAUCAGACAACCUCAGACUAUGGCCUGUUCAUAGUGAUAGCAAUGACAGAUCCCAGUCAUUGUUUCAUGGCAGAUGAGCACUUUCAGACUCCAUCAUAUCAAGACAUCCAACUUGUUGUUGAGACACAGAAACCUGCUCUGGAGUAUAGGUUUGCAUUGGCCCUUCCAUUUAUAGCCUUUGUAACUUUUGGACUCAUCAUGACUUGCCUUGUUUCAUUUCCUUGUUGUCACAUCAUUUGGAAUCCAUUUGUAUGUGGACGGAAGUCAUGUGAUGUGAGUAUCUCUAGACCUACCUGUAAUUCUCCAAUAAAAGAAAAUGAAACAGCAGAAUUGACUGAAAAUGAUGAUGAUGAAAGUGACUCUUCACAUGAACUUAUUGAAGUGACUCACAGUUUAAAUAAUGGCAAAUUCACUUCAAAACACAAGCAAAAGAAACUUCUUGACAGAAAAGAGAAGUCCAUCAAGAUAACAGAUUUACUAAAUACUGAAUACGAUGUACUAGAGAAGCAAUAUUCAGUAUAUGCAUGGAAUACUGUCACUGUUGGAAUAUUUUAUGGAUUGCCUGCAUUCCAGUUUGUACUGACUGGAGAGCUGAUAUUUCGUGCUAGCGGUAAUCAAGACACCUGCUAUUUUAAUUUCAAAUGUUCCAGGCCACUUGGAAGUCUUGAUGCCUUCAAUAGUGUAUGGAGUAAUCUUGGCUAUGUUAUACUUGGAUUGAUAUUCAUAUUGAUAAUUGCUAUUAAGCAUUACAAGGCCAGACAAUUGAGACUAAAGCAACCAGAUCUAUACUUUAAUUAUGGUAUUCCACACUUUUUCGGUAUCUAUUAUGCACUUGGCAUUGCGCUGAUUCUUGAAGGAUUCAUGAGCUCUUGCUAUCACAUUUGUCCUAGUUUCGAAGAUUUUCAAUUUGAUUCUGCUUUCAUGUAUAUCAUAAGUGGCCUAUUGAUUGUUAAGAUAUUCCAGACAAGGCAUCCAGACAUACACGCAAAUGCUUUUGUUGCAUUUUUAUGCUUUGCCAUUGUCAUUUUCCUGACUCUAGUUGGCAUACAUGAGGACACUAUUUUGUACUGGUCAGUGAGGGUGAUACUAGUCUGUUUAGUUCUCUUUACUAUAACUCUAAUAUGGCUCUCGUUCUACUUCUAUCAUGACUGGCAUAUGAGCGACUGGAUAGAUUGUGGAACUUACAAGGAAAUAUGGCAAUGGUACAAAGGCUGGUGUUUAGUGAGUAACAAAUGUGACUCUUUAAAGCCAAGACAUAUGGGUCGUUUCACUAAAGUAAUUGUAGCUGUUGUUGGGAAUUUUGUACUUGGUCUAAUUAUAAUAUCAGUCUCACACAAAGAGGUUGCUGUCGUGGUCCUUGCCCUCUUUAUAGCUAACUUCCUAUUAUACACAGCACUCUAUCUUCUCUCUAAGCUCUGGUUUAAGGAGCCAUGGACACUAAUGUCGCUAGUGUCUUUGGUUGCUCUCAGCGUUAGCUGGUUGUUUGGAUUCUACUUACUAUUGGAUGUCACAGCAAGGAGAGAAGUGCCACCAGCACAGUCAAGAGAGUUCAACAGAGACUGCAUAAUUUUAGAUUUCUAUGACACUCACGACUUAUGGCACUUUGUAUCUGCAGUAGCACUUUUCUUUACAUUUUUAUUUGUUUUGACGAUGGACGAUGGACUGCAGACUCAGAAAAGAAACAAGAUUAAUGUUUUUUAAACUAUGUAAAUAAUUUCAAUGGAUUUUUUCUACCUAAUAUGUUGUAAAGUGUAUGCGUCUUUGUCUGAACAUGAUAAUAUAAAUAG